AUGCACAUCUCAUCCACUCUCGCGUUGAGUACAACGACAGUCCUCUGUCUCCUAUCCUCAAGUCUCGCGAUCCCAUCGUCGACGUAUUCCCGAAUCGAUAGCCGGGAUAUCCUCCGGCCGAGAAACUGGGACCUCCGCCUCUUCAGCCCCGGCUGCGACCCAAACACGACCUCCUUCGACCUCUCGCUGUGGCACCGCCAGGGCGUAUCCGCCACAGACGGGUGCGCCGCGCUGGACGCGGGCCUAAACGCGAGCGCCGUGGACUCGUUCUCGUGGAAGAGCCCCAGCACGAGCAGCCAGUACGAUCUGUGUCUGUAUGGGGCGGGAUGCGAGGCCGGGGAGGGGGAGGGGGAUGUACAAGUGAUUCGGAGCGGAUGGGAGGUUUGCGUCAAGUAUACGGGGUGGAGGGGGUGGGGGGUUGUGGCGCAUGGGGGGGAGUGCUAG